GGCUACCGCGGACACAUUACUUUUGUCUUCAUCCAAGGCAGCAGUCUUGAAUUAGAAACUCAUAAGCCUGUAUUUGUGUGGAAUCGAACGCUUCUUUAUCUUGAAGGUCCACUUCAUCCCAACGCUAAAUCACCCUUUGAAUUGAGUUGCACAUCAGAGAUCCUCGCCAAAUUGUCUGACGCUUGGCAAUCAUGUCUGAGAACUUCGUGACAGUGAUGAGGUACGCUGUGACCAUAACUUCCGUUGCAGCCGUGUUAGAGAACAUUCUGGUACUGGCAGUUCUUGCUGGAACCAAACGACUCCGUAUUAAAUAUUAUGGAUUCGUUUAUAAUCUGGCUUUGGCAGAUCUGUGCUUUGCUGCCUUUGCGAUAUCGUUUCCCUGGGCAGAGAACUCUCCCGUUUUUGCCCUCAUGAUGGCGUGUUACAUCGUGUCUAUCUUGACAAUUUUCGCGGUGGCUGUAAACCGUUACCUCGCACUAAGUCUCAUGCCGCCAUCUCGCUACGACGCAGUGGUCACGGGACGCCGUCUUUUCGGAGUUUGUGUCCUGAUUUGGGCCGUUUCUCUGUUGCUGAACCUUUUGCCCGUGCUCACUGUAUCUCCAGGAGUAAUGUUUUGGAUAUACGGGCUAGUGCGACCUUUGACGGUUUUCAUUAUUUGGCUAAUCACGGCGAUAAUUUACAUCGUCGUGUUCCGUAAGAUCAAGAUGUAUACUCCCCCUAUGGCCUCAAACCCUGGCGUCACCGCUAGCGCAGAAUCAAUACAGGCCAAGACCCGAGUCCGUCAAACCCGCAAGUUGUUGAUCACAUUUGUCCUAAUCCUUGCGGCAUGCUUCGUCUGUUGGAUGCCUUACAGCAUCGUCAGAGUCAUAGCAUUUGCUGAACCCAAAGAUCUGGAAUCCCCAAUUUUCUUCGAUGCUUACUGGUUUGCUGGUUGGAUGUAUUGCAUUUCUGCUAUGAUCAACCCACUGAUCUACUGGGGUCGCUUAGAUGAGUUCAGACAGGGAUUUUAUGCACUGUUUUGUCGCUGCAUCGUCAAAACAGAUUUCAAAGAGAUUGAAUUAGACGAAACAGAACAAGGGAAGACAGUUGGUGAAACACUUUUGUAAAUAACAAUCGUAAAAAUAAUAAUAGCCUAGUUAUUAAAAAAAAAAGUUGGUGUUUAAUAUAGGUAGGUUGGGUAGCCCGCUGACAACGAAAUUACUGGGAUGAUCAUAUCAGCGAUUUUGUACAUCAUUCUGUCUCAAUCAUAUAAUACGUCAAUCCAAUGUCAUUUUUAAAAUUAGCAAUGAGUUUUACAAUAGUUUACAGGACGAGGGCGUCUAUUCUAAUUUUUUAGAUUUCUUAAAUUCGGGUGAGUGGUGGCAUUUUAAUUCAUUAGGUGCAUACCUGUAAAUGAACGCAUUUCAAAAAAUUCUUAGUAUAAACUGUGAAAAUUGC